ACCAGUGAAAAGCAGGUGACUUUGAGCAGCAGAUUAGGUGGGGAUUUAAACAUGUCAUUGCCCCAUCUGAAUAAAACCUCACUUAUUGCAGCUGCUGUCUCAGUUCCCCUGGUAAAUAUUUGACAGAGAUUUCUAGUGUGGGGGAAUUGUAUUUUUCAUCCUCGGAGGCUUUCAAACUGACAACAUCAGUGUGGGAUGUGUAUCCUCGGAUGUGUUUGACAGCAGAUCAGAAGAGGAAGACACACAGAAGGAUUGCACUGUACUACAUCAGAGAAUACAGUGAGGAUAGACACUGCGGACUGAUCCUGACCGUCACCCAAGGAGCAACUGCACAACUGUGGGAAACCAUCCAGUCCCUUCACAGCAAUGCUCAGUACAGAGAAGGUUCAGCAGUGAAACCAUCAUCUGGAAAUCGGUCGGGUCAGAGGUGUUUUGACAUAUCAUCAAGUCUGAAACUGGUCAGUGGUGUGGAGCCUUCCAUCAGAACCAAACCUUCCGAAUAUCUGGCUGUGGGUGAUCAGUCAGAGUAAAUUGGGAAGAAGUAUGAGUGGGUUCCAAGUGUGGUGAGAUUUUCACUCAUUCACUAAGUCUCAUGAACCACUGACUCACUCCUGCAGGUGAGAGGCUGUGUGAGGGGCUGCUCCACAGGCUCUUAGAAUCCCUUAACACAAAAUAUACGUGUCUUGUAGAACUUGUAACAUUGGGCAACUGCGUGGGAGAGAAACAAUUCAGUUAUGAGUUGUGCAACUGAACCUUCACACACUUCUCAUCUGUCAUGAAACAUUGACACCUUUACAUUGGUGAGAUGCCAUUCAAGUGUGAGAUGUGUAACAACUACUUUGCAGAAUCAUCAGGCCUGGUGACACACUGGUGCAUUCACACAGGGGAGAAACCAUUCACGUGUGAGGUGUGCAACAAAUCAUUCAUGAAGUCUGCAAACCUCCAAACACACCGACGCAUUCACACAGGGGAGAAACCAUUCACUUGUGAAGUGUGUGAUAAAUCAUUCUCGGAUUCAUCGGCCUUUCGCAGACACAAACACAUUCACACAGGGGAUAAACCAGUCAGGUGUGAAGUGUGCAACAAGUCAUUCUCCGACUCAUCAUCCCUUAGUGCACACAAACGUAUUCAUAAAGGUGAGUAUCCCUUCAGGUGUGAAGUUUGUGAGAUGGCUUUCACCCGGUCCUCAGAUCUCCUGAGGCACCAACGUAUCCACACUGGACAGAAACCAUUCAAGUGUGAGGUGUGUGAUCAAAAUUUCACACGGUCAUCAACACUUGUGGAACAUCGGCGCAUUCACACUGGGGAGAAACCAUUUGAAUGUGAGGUGUGCAACAAGGGCUUUGCACGAUCAUCAGACCUUUUGAAACACCAUCGCAUUCACACUGGCGAGAAACCAUUCAGAUGCAAGGUGUGUGACAAAUCUUUUAGACGGUCAUCAGACCGCUGGCAACACCAACGCAUUCACACAGGGGAGAAGCCAUUCAAAUGUGAACUAUGUGACAAGUCAUUCUCACAUUCAUCGAAACUCCUGCUUCAUCAAAGGAUCCACACAAAGGAGUAACCCUUGAAGUGUGUGGUUUGCAAUAAUGCUUCAGUCAUGCUUUCGACCAUGUAGUGACACCACAGGAUAAACAUGGGAGAAACUGUUGAGCUGCAUUGCUUGUAAUCUACUUCCCCGAUUCCCUAAAACAGGAGCAGAACUUAACUGGUGAGGGAUGUGUCAACAUAUCUUCUGAUUCAUAAAUGUAUUCACACAGGGAUAAAACUCUGUCAGUGUGAGGUAUAUAAUAAAAAUUUCAAAAGUUGUCUGACCUUCUUGGACAUCAGUGAACCCACAUGGGAGACAGGCCCUUCCAGUAUGACAUGUGCCAGGAUUAUUUCACCUAAUUCUCUUUCACCAGACAUCUUCAUAUGGACUUGAAACCAGGUCACCUGCUUCUUUUGAUCCUCCAGUGCUCACACAGGGGAGUUGUCAUUCCAAAGCACUGUCUGUCUCAAACCUCUCCCAUCAACAAUCCAGUUAUUUUUAAGGGGCCAAUUAUAUUUUGACCAGAUCAUCAAACAUAACAAUUGAAGACAUUAGUAUAUAUAGAAGCUCCUGUUUAUGCACAGAUGCCACUGUUUUUCUGGUACAAUUUUUAAGCUAUAGAAGGUAGGCAAUUUAGGAGAAUGUAUAUCAUGCUUUUUCUCACUAUGGGGAAUCGGGAGAUACAUCAACAGGCUCUGAAGUGUGAUUUUAUCUCUCUUUAUGAAGAUGGUUACAAUUCUCACAUUCGUAAAGUUAGGGAAGAUCCUUUUCCUCUAAAUCCAUCGGAUGAGUUCAUGAUUCCUUGAUCUGUGCUAAUGUUUACCAGCUUCAAAGCUUUUGGUUGGAAUACCGUCAGAGUUGCAGGCUUUGUUGUUUCUCUUCUAUUUGAUCGCUUGUUGCAGCUGUCCCAUUGAUGGUGACUCACUCCUGGAUUCUACCACAAGCGGUGGAGGAUAGACUACAGGUUAUCAGCCACCCUGUGGAUUCAUGGUUGAGGAGUUGUUUGAAAUGAUUUUUCCAGGGUUAAAUGGAUAUUGUUGGAUCUCUUGGACCUUCUCUUCCCAGCAUCUUCUGAAUUUGUCUUUGGGCAUCAGCCUUUAACUAUCCCCAAUUGUCCUGAGUGAUGUAGACAUGGACUUUGACCUUCCAGAUGAACCCCCAACUUUUUAUUUGAAGUUAGACAAAUCCAAGAAAAAUGUUGAGAGCAACACCAGAAAUUCUUCAUUACAUUCAUUGACAUGAUAAAGUAUUUGACUCAUGUAAAUUACAAGGGCCUGUGUUCCAAUAAUUUGAAUGUCCCAGAAACACCAUCACAGUCCUGCAACUGAUUCAGAAACCUUCAAAAUCCAAGACAACAAGGUGCAGGGCUGGAUGAACACAGCAGGCCAAGCAGCAUCAUAGGAGCAGAGAGGCGUUUCUCACCUUCAAAAUCCACAUUGGUGUCAAGCAAGGCUGUGUGAUAGUCCCCAUUCUAUUUACAAUCUACUGGACAGUGACCAUUCACCUCAUUAAAAAUCAACUGAUUUGAUUUGAAUUGAUUUAUUAUUGUCACAUGUACUGAAAUACAGUGAUAAAGUAUUGUUUUGUGUGCUAACC